AUGGCUGCUCAAGUCACGGCUGAGUCCUACUCAUUCGAAAGCAACCGAAGCCUCAACUCCAUCGUGAGGCAUAUCAAGAAAACAGGUGAAAUGCGACUCACAUUUCUCAAGCUCGACCAUGACACGCUACGUCUAGUUGUAUAUGCAAACUCUUCGUUCAAUAAUCGAGAGGAGAGUAGAUCUCAACUCGGUUUUAUCAUCGUACUCGCGGAUAAGUCAGAGAAGUGUGCAGUCCUGCACUACGCAUCAUACAAAUCGCGUCGUGUCGCACGCUCAAGCAUGGGAGGAGAGAAACUUGCAUUCGUAGACGCUUUCGACUGUUCUUUCUUAUUGAGACAUGAUAUUUCUCGCAUGUUGGGGCGUCACAUCCCCUUAAUUAUGCUCACGGAUAGCAAAAUCCUUUUUGAUGUGCUGACAAGGUCCAGGUACACCUCCGAAAGAAGACUCAUGGUGGACAUCUCCGCCUCCCGUCAAGCUUACCGUGAGGGAUCGAUAUCGGAUGUAGCUCUAAUACCAAGUGAAGACAAUGUCGCUGAUGCAUUUACCAAGGUCUGCAGCAACGGAGCGCUAAACCGGUUACUUCGCUCUGGAAAGCUACAACACCGCGUCACUCAAUGGGUCAUCCGCUCGAAGAGUCCUCUCGCGCCUUGCCGUCCUCUGACAUCAAAGACUGGGCAGUGA